AUCAAGAUGGUCUGCGUUUUGACUGUUUUCGUGCUAAUUUCUGAACGUAUCUUUGCGAUAUGAGCCAGAAACUUGGACGUUUUUCGGACCCACGAGAUCCGAAAAGACCAGAGCGUAUUUCGUUGGCUUACGGUGAAUGGAAAGAUAUCCCAAGCAGAAUUAUAAAAAAGUAUGGAAAGGUGGUCACUGAACUUGAUCUAAGCUACAAUAAAUUUUUUGAUUUAAAGUCCUUAUGCGGCUUCACGAAGUUAAACACUGUCAUCCUAGAUCACAACUCAAUAUCAGCAAGGUCAACAUUUCCCCAAUUGGACACGCUUGAGAUAUUAUGGCUGAAUCAUAAUCAAAUUACAAACCUGAGUUUAUUUAUUGAGAAAAUCUCGCAGAGCUAUCCAAAUCUUAAAUAUCUUAGCAUGAUCAAUAAUAAAGCUGCCCCAAGCUACUUCAAUGGUGGCACCUACACCUCGUACACAGAUUACAGGCAUUUUGUCAUUAGUUCACUUUGCAAACUUGAGAUAUUGGAUGGCACAAUUAUCACCGAGAGUGAACGAAAAGAAGCUACAAAGGUGUAUGGAAAACGAAGAGUAAAAACUCGCAAGGAUUAUGUACAUAAUAAGAGGAGAUUGUGAAAUCAUAUAUUAAUUUUUCUGAUAUUACACUAAAACCGUUAUCAAGUAGUUCAUGUUUUAUUCACGCUU